UUCUUGGUUAAUAAAGAAGGCAUAGAUGCUAGAAAAUCUCAGUUAUUACCUUUAAAAAGAAGAAAUCUGGUUUUUGGAUUACCUAGAUCGUAUGAUAUCCUAUGCUACAGUUACUUUGCCGCGUAUCUCGGGUUUCUCGACUUUCUUCUUGUCAGUAUCUGAACAUUUUUUGCCUACUGGAUGUGGAAAAAUCUUAGCCUGCUUCAUCUAUAUAAACUGAUUUACAGUCACUUGCAUUGUUAUCAGCAUCAAGCUUUUGAAGACUUUGGCGCUUCAAUAUUUUCAGAAGGAAUGGCACCGGGAAUUGAAUCAUCUGAGGGGAAUAACAAGAUGAGCAAAGGGUAUCAGUAUCCGAGCUGGAAGAAGAAGUUGACAGGGCUUGUGGUGGAUAAUGAAGAAUUGUGCAGAAUGGUGGAGAAGGGAAUUAUGGGUUUGUGUGGUGUGGAAACACAAGCUGUGGAGACUGGGGAGGCUGCAGUGGAGCUCAUUGCUUCUGGAGCAACUUUUGAUAUCAUUGUCAUUGACAGGUUUCUGCCUUCAAUGACUGGGCCUGAGACUGCUAGGAAGAUGCGUGAGAUGGGCGUUGAAAGCAAGAUUAUAGGUCUUUUUGCAUUGUAUUUUGAAGGAGAUGAAGAAGAAUUUGUUGCUGCUGGAGUUGACGACUUUAAGGAAAAGCCACUAUCACCCAAUUGGUUGGUCCCCAUGCUAAGGGAGCUGGACAACUAGAUCCAUCAAUAUCAAGCCUUCCAAACUAGAGGACCAUUCUAAGUUAAUUUCCUUGUAAUGUUUUCCUAUGCUGCUCUUUUGAGCUAAUAAUUAUAUUGUAAUAUGUCAAGCACAAUUGAGGUACAAUUGUAGUAUUAGUGGCAAAUUAAUUGGCAACAGGAGUAGUAGAGAUGUUUGUCCCUGAAAACUCAUGUG